CCCCAUUCAUCCAUCACCACCACCAACAUCCGUGGAGAUGCAGAGUGUGUUUGUGACUGUCGGCUCAACGCAGUUUGAUGAGCUGACACAGCUUGUGACCACAGAAGCAACCCUGCAGGCGUUAGCGAGGCUUGGGUGCCGGCGGCUGACGGUGCAGUAUGGGACAGCAAAGGCGCCGCGCGUGCCGCCUGUAGCGAAGAGGGCUGGGGUGGAGGUGGAGACGUACGACUACAAGGCGAGCAUUGCCAAUGACUUGGCAGCCGCAGACGUGGUCAUAGGCCACGCCGGCGCAGGCACCAUCCUCGAGGCGCUGGGUGCUGGCAAGAAGAUGGUCGUCGUGGUCAACGACAGGCUAAUGAGCAACCACCAGACUGAGCUUGCCUUCAAGAUGAAGGCGUUGAACCACCUGGACGCGUGUACGUGCGACACCUUGCUCCACACCCUCGCGGGCUUGCCCGCGCGAUCGUUUGCACGGUAUCACGGCGGCGAGGACGACCGCGCCGUCCUCAACCACAUCGCGGGCGUACUGGAGGCUCGCAGGGCCGAUGCGCUUCGCUCUGCACAGGGCCGCGGCAGACCAAGCAUAGCACUCUUCCUGGUUGCCGCUGUCUUGGCGUUUGCCCUCGCACACACCCUCUUCUUCCUCACCUGACUCGCUCGGUGUGCCAGUGCUCUCUGUCUGUCUGUCUGUCUGUCUG